AUGACCGACUCCUUCCCCGCAGCCUUGACAGGCCCAACGUCGAAGGAGCGCAAGUAUGACCGACAGCUCCGUCUGUGGGCAGCAACUGGUCAGCAAGCGCUGGAAGAUUCUCGUGUGCUUCUGGUGAAUUCGGAUGGCCCGCUCGGCCACAACAACACGGGUGUGUCCGGCGUUGCGGGCGUUGAAACACUCAAGAACCUGGUCCUUCCUGGAAUUGGUGGUUUUACUAUUGUCGAUCCAGCUACUGUCACAGAGAGUGAUCUCGGUGUGAAUUUCUUUCUGGAAGAGGGGUCCUUGGGCAAGUCCCGCGCCGAAGAAACCUGUCGUCUGCUGAGAGAGCUUAACCCAGAUGUGCAAGGAUACUUCUAUUCCAAGAACAUUGCAGAUCUUCUGCAAGAUCCAGACUUUCUGCCCCGUCACAAGCUGGUGAUUGUCUCGGGGCCAACCAAGCGCUCCUCUCUAGCGCCUCUCUGCCAUGAAGCCAAGCAACUGGGGAUCCCAGUGCUUUAUAUACACUCAAUCGGGUUCUUUUCCUCAUUUUCGGUACAGCUUCCUGCCGAAUUCCCAAUCGUUGAAACACAUCCGGAUCCAGAAUCAACUCAAGACCUGCGUUUGCUAAACCCUUGGUCUGAGCUCAUUACUGCCACAGCCAGUUUAGAUGAUCUGGAUAGCUUGGAUGACCAUCAACAUGGCCAUGUGCCCUACAUUCUUCUACUGCUCCGCUUCCUGGAACAGUGGAAGCAAGCACAUGAUGGCAACGCGCCCAGCAACUACAAAGAGAAGACCGAGUUCAGAGAAUUCGUCCGAUCCCAAGCCCGGACAAGCAACCCAGAAGGUGGCGAAGAGAACUUUGAUGAAGCAGCUGCCGCAGUGCUCAAGACCAUCAACCCCUUCAGUCUGCGCAGCUCGAUCCGCGAGAUUUUCGAUAUGAACGAGUGCAAGCAGCUCUCGUCAACAUCCCAAGAUUUCUGGGUUAUCGCCUCAGCAAUCAAAACCUUCUACGAAUCGCACUCCGUCCUCCCCCUACCAGGAUCUCUCCCAGACAUGAAAGCCCAGUCGGCAGACUACGUCUCCCUCCAAAACAUCUACAAGACCAAGGCACGCCAGGACAUCGAAGAAGUAACCAAGACAGUCCGCCAACUCGAAUCCCAACUCAGCCGCUCAACCCCCGCCAUUCUCGACCGCGAAAUCGAAGUCUUCUGCAAAAACGCAGCUCACAUCAAGGUCGUGCGAGGCCGCCCCAUCCCGCAAGUCAGCAUCGACAGCGACAUGGCAACAUGGAAAGCAAUCCGGAACCAGCUCAGCAUGCCCGAAUCGCUCAUGCCGGCGUUCAUAGCCUGCCAGAUCCUCGACUCGGUCGUUGAUGAGAUCCAGUCGAAUGGCCAAGAGGAGAAUCUGUCAGUCGACGACUCCGGUCUGUGGAAUAGUCAUACUCAGCGCAUUCUGACGUUACUGAAUGGUGCUAAUGGGGAUGGAUUGAGCGAGGAUGCCAAGCAGCAGAUUACGGAUGCCAUUCAGGAAUUGCGCCGGGCUGACGGUGGUGAAUUGCAUAAUAUUUCUUCGCUUACUGGUGGUCUGGUUGCGCAGGAGGCGUUGAAGGUCUUGACUCGGCAGUAUGUCCCGUUGGAUAAUACUUGUGUCUUUGAUGGGGCGCGUAGCCGUAGUGAGAUGUACCGCCUGUGA